UUUGGGAGAGAAAGGAGCGACGCCCUGAUCUAGUUCCUGCUGACGAUCAAGAAGAGCACAGUCUUACAAGAGAUCAUGACUACUGCUCAGUCCCUGAGCCGUCUGCAUUAGACAUAUCUGCAUCAGCUGCAGAAGACCUGUCCAAAGACGUGGAGACUCUGAGGAAGGAAAUACAGGAGUUACGUGUCCAGCGAGAAUUUGGGUUACAGCGUUUUGCUGGCUCCGACACUGACAUCCGAUUCUAUACCAGAUUUCCAAGCUAUGAUCAUUUGAUGGCAUUUUGGUUUUUGAUUGAGCCUUGCAUCUAUAAAAUGAUCCGGGUUUCAAGAGCCAAGUCAGCUGCCAAUAGGAACGAAGAAGUGUUGACACCUGCACGCACAUCAACGAGGCAGCUGCUACAGCCAAUUGACGAGUUCUUUCUUUUCCUGGUUUUCCUGUCAGUUGGUUUGAAGGAGAGGGACCUGGCACACCGGUUUAACAUACACCAGUCCACAGUGAGCCGCAUUAUUGCAACAUGGACAAAUUUUCUUGCCACUGCACUGGGGUCUCAAUGCAUCUGGCUUACACGUGAAGAAGUGCAAGCUUACCUCCCUGAGGAAUUCAAAGAUUUCUCAGACACCCAGAUGAUCCUUGACUGUACAGAGCUGAGGUGUCAGACACCAUCCUCACCACUUCUCCAAAGUGAAAUGUACUCUUCGUACAAAUCCCACUGUACGAUGAAAGCCCUGGUUGGCAUAGCUCCACAUGGUCCAGUGACAUUCAUCUCUAAUCUGUAUGCUGGUUCGGUUAGUGAUAAGGAACUAUUCAAACAAUCAGGCAUUGCUGAGAAGUUGACUGAAGACAUGGCAGUGAUGGUAGAUAAGGGCUUCCUAAUCACCGAUUGUUGUAAAUGCAAAGUGUACUGCCCACCUUUUCUAUCUAAGCAGAAGCAGAUGCCAGCAUACCAGGUUAAGGAGACGCAGGCCAUAGCCAGACUCAGGGUACAUGUGGAGCGAGUCAUUAGGAGGAUAAAACAGAACAAACUUUUUGAUAGCGUCAUUACCAUGUCACAUGUUUACAAUAUCAACCAAAUGUUUGCAGUAGCAUGUAUGCUGUCAAAUUACCAGAACACAGCAUUAGUUAAAAAAUGGGUUAAGUGAGACAAGAUGGACUUUUCCCAAGACACCAGUGCCAGUACAACUUAUGGAAAAUGACCUGCAGCUGAGGCCACUACAGUUGCAUUUCUUCCUUGACAAAACUUGAUUACAGAACUGUUACUUGAGUGCUGAUAGUUGAGUUCCAGUUAUUGAUAAUUCUAAUUCAUUGCAAAUGUUGAAUGUUAAUAAUACUGUUUAAUUAUACUACUAUAUUACUAUUCAUAUUCAACAAAAUUGUUUAUCAAAAUUAUAAAGUAAAUCACUAAAUCGUUUUAAAAUCAUAAGUGACAUUGUGCUUUUGUAACAUCCAAAAUACCAUUUGUCAUUUUCUUCAUUCAGUUGUGCUAUUGUCUAAAUGUAUGUCAGUAUGCUAGGCAUGGAUUUUUAAAUACUUACCAUGUAAAUAAGUUCUGCACAAAUUCAAUGUUUUAUUGUGUGUUUUUAAAAAAUGAAAUUGAUGCCAUUGCUUAAAUAACAGUUUAUUGAUUUCACAUAAAAGUAACAUGUAACAACAAAAAAAUUCAUGAAAUACUUUGCAAAUAAAACAUCAGUUAUUUUGUUCCA